AUCAUCUUGUCUUUCUCAUUCACCAUCAUCUUCAGCACUUCUUUGUCUUUUUUGUGCGAAUUUGUAGUCACAUUAUCCCCUAAAGGUCACACCGAACAAACAUUUCAUUGCAGAAGACUUUCAACUCCUCCUGCAAAAAUUGAUGUGGCCAGCAACCCAUUAAAUACCUUGAUUACAACAAGAUGACAACACAACCCAAAUUACCCGCUGAGGCUCGUGCCUUCUCUGAUGACAGCUAUGUGGAUGUAUAUAGCAGCUCAUCUUCAGCAAUGGCAAGUCCAAGCAGUGGAGAUGCUCGUAGACCCAUUCAAUUGAGCACAGCAAAUACCCAAGUCCGUAUUCCUGUUCCUGUCACACCUUAUGAAGCAUGGAUCGCAGCUGUCAUUCUACGUGAUGAAUUCCACCGUGCUUUAUCAAGCCUGCAGAAUGAUGCAGAACGUGAAGUUUUGGACAACAAAGAAGAACCUGCCGCACAGCAAGUGGAAGAUGACGAAGAACAGGAUGCAGAACAAGCAGCUCGUCUACAGGCAAAGCGCAAACAACGUGCAACAGAAGCUAGAAUUAUCCUGACUGCCAAAUUCAUGGGCUUCUUGUCCGCAAAAUUGGAAGGAAAACUGGCAAAAUCCAAUUAUGAGAGCAAGGUAUUGGAAUGCACAUGGAACUACUUUAACAAGCAAUUCUUGGGCGAGCACACAGACAUUCACAAACUGACUGCUUCCCUUGAUAUUGACGUUAGAACAUCUGUUCUGCGUUCGUUCUAUGAAGCAUUCACCUUGCUCGAGACUGCUGGUGUCGCCUCGCCCGGCAUUACUCUGCCAGCUUUGUUCAAUGCAGUUGACAAAAGUGAAGCGCAAGUCUUUGCUCUUUUCGGUGGUCAAGGAAACAAUGAAGUCUAUUUCAACGAAUUGCAAGCACUCUAUGAUACCUACCGUCCUCUUGUUCUUCCAUUGCUAGAAACUGCCACUGCCCAACUUGAAUCAUUGGCUGAAGAAGCAAACACACAAGGCUUUUCAAGCUACUAUCUCAUGGGUCUUGACGUUGUCGGAUGGCUGUCAGGCAGCAAGCCGCGUCCUGCCACAUCAUACCUUGCCAGUGUUCCGCUAAGUCUUCCUUUGAUCGGUUUGACACAAUUGACACAAUACUACGCUUCUUGCCGUUCUUGCGGUCUCACACCUGGAGAUUUCCGCAAACGCAUUGCAGGUGCUACAGGUCACAGUCAAGGUAUCAUUUCUGCCCUUGUCUUGGCCACCAGUGAUUCUAACGAAAGUUUCCGUGAAAACACAUCUAAAGCACUGCGAUUGCUCUUCCACAUUGGUAAACGUGGUCAAGAAAGUUUCCCAGAAUUGACAAUCGAACCUGCUUUGAUCAACGAUGCCAUUGAAGGAGGUGAAGGAGAGCCCACACCGAUGUUAUCGGUCACUGGUCUUACCCAACCUGCUCUCGAGAAAUUCAUCAAGGCUACCAACACACACUUGGGUGAGGGUCUCAAAGUGGAUAUAUCUCUUUUCAACGGACCACGCAACUUUAUCGUUACUGGACCACCUCGUUCCCUUUUCGGUUUGGUUGGCAACUUGCGUGCCAAACGUGCAGAGCAAGGUGUCGAUCAAACACGAGUUCCAUUCGGAAAGCGCAAGCCUGUAUUCAACAUGCGUUUCCUUCCUGUUGGCGUUCCAUAUCACUCAAGUUACCUUCAAGGUGCAACAGAAAAAGUCGUUCAACUUGACUACAAAGGUGCAGAUGGAGAUGCAUGGAAACCAUCCGACUUGUACGCAAGCGUCCGCAACACCUUUGAUGGAUCCGAUAUGAGCAAAUACGAUACCGCUAAGGAUGGAUCCAUCGUCAAGAGCAUUUGUGAUCAAAUCUUCACGCAGCCAAUCCACUGGGACAAAGCAACCGAUGUCAGCGAGAAGACAACUGCUUGCAUUGACUUUGGUACUGGUGGCUUGUCUGGUAUUGGUGGUCUUACUGCACGCAACCUUGAAGGUCGUGGUGUUCGUACAAUUAUUGUUAGCGGUGUUCACCCCAAGAGCGCUGAAUUGUACGACACUGUAGAAUACAAACGUGAGAAGAUUUGGGCACAAGACUUCAUGCCUCGAUUGGUCAAGACGCAUACCGGAGAGAUCAAGAUCGACACUCCUGCUGCACGUAUGUUAGGCAAGCCACCAGUUGUGAUUGGUGGUAUGACACCAAGCACUGUUCAAGCUGGAAUCAAUGCAGCCGUUGCCAAUGCCGGAUAUCACAUCGAAUUGGCAGGUGGUGGUCAAAUUCGUCCUCACAUCUUGCGCAAGCGUGUUGAAGAGAUUCAAAGCCUUACCGAACCAGGUCAACCAUUAACACUCAACUGUUUGUACAUCAAUCAACGUCAAUGGAGCUUCCAAUACCCUCAAUGGCUUGAAAUGCGUCGUGAGGGAUUCCCACUCAACGGUUUCACUGUUGCUGCUGGUGUUCCUUCAACGGAAGCUGCAAAGACCAUGUUGGACGGUUUGCGGGAUGCAGGUAUCGAACACGUCACGUUCAAGCCAGGAAGCACGGAUGGUAUUCGUCAAGUUUGCAAUAUUGCAGCUGCCAAUCCAACAAUGAACAUCAUUUGUCAAGUUACUGGUGGUCGUGCAGGUGGACAUCACAGUGCAGAAGAUUUCCAUCAAUUGAUCUUGCCAACAUACAGUAUGAUCCGUAAAUACAGCAAUAUCGCACUUGUUGCCGGAUCAGGUUUCGGAAGCGAUGAAGACUUCUGGCCUUACUUCUGUGGUGACUGGAGUAUUCCAUUUGGUGCUCAACCUAUGCCUUUCGAUGGUGUUAUGUUGGCCUCUCGUAUUAUGACUGCCAAAGAAGCACAUACCAGUGAUGCCAUCAAGCAACUCAUUGUUGACGCACCCGGUGUUGAUGACAAAGAAUGGGAAGCAUCUUAUGAUCGUGUCACCGGUGGUAUUUUGACCGUGACUUCUGAAUUGGGUGAGCCAAUCCACAAGAUUGCUACUCGUGGUAUCAAAUUGUGGCAAGAGUUGGACAAGAAUUUGUUCACACUCAAGAAGGACAAGCAAUUGGCUUGGAUGCGUGAGAAAAAGGACUACUUGAUCAAACGUCUCAAUGCUGAUUUCCAAAAGCCAUGGUUCCCUGCUCACCGUGAUGGUAGCGCUGCUCAAGAUCUUUCAGAAAUGACAUACGAAGAGGUUACACUUCGUCUUGUUCGUCUCUUGUUUGUUGCUCAUCAAACACGUUGGAUCGAUGUUUCACUACGUAACCUUGUUGGUGAUUGGAUGCGCCGAUGCGAAGAACGAUUUGCAGGUAUCCACACUGGUGGUGAAAAAUUAUCGAUGCUCCAAAACUUCUCCGUCUUGGACAAAGAGCCACUUGCAUUUAUCGAGAAAUUCUUUGAUGAAUACAAGGAUGGUCGCAAGAUCUGGCUAGCAGCUGAGGAUGUUAGCUACUUUAUUCAAAUGUGCAGCAGACCAGGUCAAAAGCCAGUUCCAUUCAUUCCUGUCUUGGAUGAGAAUUUCCCAGUAUUCUUCAAGCGCGACUCACUUUGGUUCUCAGAAGAUUUGGAUGCCGUUUUUGACCAAGAUCCUCAACGUGUCUGUAUCUUGCAAGGUCCUGUUGCUGCAAAGCAUUCCAAGAUUGUCAAUGAACCUGUUGGUCAAAUCAUGGGCAACAUUGAGAAAGGAUUGAUCAAGAGACUGUUGGAGCGUUACUACAACAAUGAUGAAGCCAAUGUUCCUUCCGUCGAAUACUUGAGCAAGACAGCACCAAGUCUGGAAGCUGCUGCUGUAUUGGCACGUCACAAUGUUGCUACUAGCACAAGUGCCAACAGUCGUGCUUUCCACAUUCGUCAAAGUGUUCCAUCCACCAAUGAUUGGCUUGAGAUCUUGGCUGGCUCCAAGCCAACCUGGUUACGUGCUUUGCUACGAUCUGUUUCAAUCGUUCAAGGUCGUUCAUACGCUGACAAUCCAAUCUCUCGCAUGUUGACACCACGCAAGGGACAAACUGUUGAGAUCUCUUACGCUGAGAAUGGACAACCCGUUCGUAUGGUGGUCAAAGGAGCUGCACGUUCUUUCGGUCACCACGAUUCUUCAUUCAAAGCUGUCGAGAUUGUCAAAGAUCCAUCCUCUCCACGUAUUGACGUGACAAUGUCUGAGGAACGCCAAGGCGAAGCAGUUCCACUCUUGUUGCAAUUCAACUACCGCCCUGAUCAACCAUUUGCUCUCAUUCACGAGAUCAUGGAAGGUCGCAACGAUCGCAUCAAGGACUUCUACUGGCGCUUGUGGUUCCAUGCAGAUAUGCCCACAAAGGAGGUUUUGGCCACUCGCCGCGAACACAUCAGUCCUGUUGCCAAAUUGGACUCUGAUGCCAUCAUUCGAUUCUGCCAAAUUGUUGAAAACCGUAGUGAAGCAUUCCAUUUGCGCGGUAAAGCACCAAUGGACUUUGCCAUGGUUGCUGGCUGGCAAGGAAUCAUGCAAGCCUUGAUUGCAAGUACGGAUGCUGAUCUUUUGCGAUUGGUACAUUUGAGCAAUGCAUUCAAGAUGGUGGAUAAGGCCUCUCCUUUGCGUGCAGGUGAUAUCUGCCGUGCAGUUGCUAAUGUCCAAAGCAUCAAAAUUUCCGAAACUGGUAAAUCAGUUGCUGUUCGUGGUGUCGUCAUGCGCAAGGAUGAAGACUCUGAAGAGUUCAAGCCAGUGAUGGAAGUGGUCUCCAGCUUCUUCUUCCGUGGAAGAUUCAAUGACUUUGAGAAUUGCUUCGAGACCGUUUCUGAGGACUACAAGGUUCAAUUGCAAAGCGCUGCAGAUGUUUCCGUUCUUUUGGCCAAGGAAUGGUUCGCAUGGACUUCUGAUGAAGAGACUUUGAAGCCAAAGACAAACUUGGAAAUUCAUGUUUCCAGCGAUGUUCGCUUCAAGGACAACAGUUCAUUCUCUUCUGUGGAUGUCACAGGUACAGCCUACGUUCGUGAUUUCCGUGAUGAUUUGAAGGCAGUUGGAGAGAUCAAUUACUCUGCUGAUUCUGUCAGUCACGGUAAUCCUGUUGUUGAAUACAUCAAGCGUAUUGGUGGAAGUUCAACUGGACCUGUUCCAUUGGAGAAUGGUUACUCACUCAUCACACCUGGAACAUCAGCAUCAUUCAAGGCACCAGCUACCAAUGAACCUUAUUCCAACGUUUCAGGAGAUUUCAACCCUAUUCACGUCAACCCAUACUUCAGUCAGUUUGCCUCAUUGCCAAGUACAAUCACGCAUGGAAUGUUCUCAUCAGCAGCAACACGUAGAUUCGUCGAAGAUAUUGCCGCUGAAGGACAUCCAGAAAGAUGCUUGUCAUUCGAAGCAUCGUUUGUUGGUAUGGUGUCGCCUGGUGAUGAAUUGCAAGUCAAAUUGCGUCACAUUGCUAUGCACAACGGAAACAAGGUCAUUCAAGUACAAACUUUCAACCAGAAUGGAGAAAAGGUGUUGGAAGGUAAAUCAGAAGUUGCCCAACCACCAACCGUUUAUGUCUUUACCGGUCAAGGAAGUCAAUCGGUUGGUAUGGGAAUGGAUCUUUACAACUCCAGUGAAGUUGCCCGUGCAUUGUGGGAUGAAGCAGAUGCUCACAUGCGUGAAACAUUGGGUGUUUCUAUCUUGGAGAUUGUGACCAAGAAUCCAUUGAGCAAGACUGUUCACUUUGGUGGUGUUCGUGGGUUGGCAAUUCGUGAUAGAUACAUGUCUAUGACGUACGAAUCAACGGAUGAAAAUGGCGUUACAAAACCAAUGCCAUUGUUCCCCGAAGUGAACUCCAGUUCUCAAAGCUACACAUUCCAACAUCCAUCUGGAUUGCUGAACGCUACCCAUUUCACCCAACCUGCUUUGGUCUUGACAGAAUUGUCUGCUUUCCGUGAUAUGCAGAGACGUGGAUUGAUUGUGGAAGAUGCACCAUUCUGUGGUCACUCUUUGGGAGAAUAUGCUGCCAUCAGUCACACUUUGCAAAUCACUGAUUUGGUUGAUAUCGUCUUCUUGCGUGGAUUGACCAUGCAACGUGCCGUUAAACGUGAUGAACAAGGACGAUCCGAUUACGGAAUGGUUGCUUGCAAUGCUGCCCGUGUUGGAUUGAGUGAUCAAGCGUUAUGUGAAGUCGUCAAUGAGAUUGGCAAACGACCAAACUGUUUCUUGGAACCGAUCAAUUUCAAUGUUGCUAUGGUUCAAACUGUUGUCGCAGGUAAUCUUUUGGGAUUGCGAACGCUUCAAUUGACACUUGACAAGAUUGCUGAAUUUGCUUGAUUUCAAAGCAUAGCAACAAGUCUACCAACUACUUUUUUGUACAUAAAUUUUAUUACCUGUUUUUUCUCUUCUCUUUUCCUUACACAUUGGGCAUUUAUCUCACGUACAACAUCCUUCUUUUUCAUAUUUCUCUGUUUCCUAUGACGAUGAAGAAAA